CCAGAGGCAACCAGACACAGACCCACUGUACAACUGGGAGAUAAUCUGAAGAGAACAACAUAUAUUUUUCAAGGUUGAACACAGUGACAUCACUGACAAUGUCAAGGCUGAGAAAGGGCAAGAAGUCAUGUAGUUAAAGCCCCAGCAGCUACCAUUAAAACUUAUGGACAGAAACCAAACCCUUCCUUGACCACUACAUCCAGAAAGAUCCACCCUACACAUGGUGCUGUGCCUGUGUGAUGUCAUCAUCCAGGAACCCCUUUGCUGGAUUCCCCAAGUUUACAACUGUAACACAAUGAUACAGUGCUGCCCUCAAGUGCUGCCCACGCCUGCACCACUGCACAAUGAACUGCCACAAGAACAAUGGUGGUCACACCAGCAACCUGUGACAGCAAGAAACUCAAAUAAACCUGGGCACCUUUUUGGAUCAAGUAAUGUUUUGACUGAAGAAGGAGGACUUGUGAAAAUGAUGACGACAGGCUCUGUAGCUCUGCCCUCAAGUACAGUUGUUGUCUCUGAGAGGAGAUGCCAUGACCUUCACCUUCAUGGCUUCCUUCUGUCUUGGUGAAAUGUGAAGAGGGGGAGGGGAUACUGAGAUUUAUAGCUGAGCACUGACCCAUCAGGAGACCCCAGGGACUCAGAUGGUUCUACAGAGGAGAGGACCUGCUAUGGUUUCAGGAACAAAUAUGUUACAAAAGACUCUCUUCCACGACUGGCUCUAGGCAUCUGGAUCCCAGUGUUAGCAGGGUCACUCCCUAAGCUUAUCCUCAGACUCUAUGGUCUGCAAGGAGACAGAUGUGACCUUCUUAUGUGAAGAAAACUGAGGAACCAAAGACUAUAAGCUCUAUAAACAGGGAGGCCCAGCUCCAUGGACAGCAGAAUUCCCACCUAAACCUGGGAAGAAGGUUGAAAUCUCCAUCUCAAAAAUUGACCUGUACGUUGCAGGAAAAGUACUGCCGUUACUAUCAGACCUAUGAUGGAUGCUCCAAAUACAGUGACCUUCUGGAGCUGGUGGUGACAGGGGACCUCCCCAAAGCCUUUAUCAAGGCUGAGGCAGGCUCUGUGAUCACCUCUAGAAGUUCUAUGACCAUCUGAUGUGAGGGGACCCUUGAUACAGAAAUGUAUUUUCUGCAUAAAGAGGGAAGUCACAAAACAUGUAUAAAACAGAACCCAGAGAAGCCUGGAAAGAAGGCCAACUUCACUAUCCUUUUUGUGACAAAAACAACAUGCAAGGCAAUAUUGAUGUUACUGCUACAACUCAGCUGGUUGGUCAGUGCACAGUGACCCCUGGAACUGGUGGUGACAGGAAUCUGUUACAAUAAUCCUGUCCUUUAAGUACUGUCCAGCACUGUGGUGACCUCUGGAGGAAAAACAAAGCUCAAGUGUAGCUCAGUAGAGGGAUAUAAGUUCUUUCUCACCAAAGAAGAGAAAUUUCCCACCUCUCUGAAUUCACAUUAUGUAGAUGCUACUUGGCAUUCUAUAUCUCUGUUCACUGUGGAAAAGGAGACCACAACCCAAACAGGAACAUUCAGAUGUUAUAUUUACUACUCGGAUACCCCAGAGAUGUGGUCUGUACAGAGAGAGCCUAUGAAAAUUCACAUCUCAGGACCUCUCUUUGUGACUCCUUUCCCCUCAGUGCAGUCUAACUCUACAGUACACUCACGAGAGAACGUGAUUCUGCUAUGUUGGUCAAUAUACACUGUAGACACUUUCAUUUUUUCCAAGGAGUGUUCAGCCCACCAAACUCUUGAACUAAAUCAAAGUUCCAAAAUCAGAAUUUCCAGGAAGAACUCUCCAUGAGUGCUGUGAGCUCCACCCUCUCCAGCACCUACAGAUGCUAUGAUUGUCAAGACUCAUCUCUGCCUGUUCUCACAUGCAAUGCCCCUGUGGAGCUCAUAGUCUCAGGAGAUGGGAACUAAUACAGAGACCCACAACUGAACAAUGUGCAGAGAAAGAUCUGAAGACACUGAAUCCUGAAUGGAAUGUCUGCACAUUUCUUGGCUUGGGGAACUUUGAGGAAUUGGAGUUGGGGAAACUGAGAGCCACAGGACAUGGAUUACUCCAAGGAAAUUAUAUUUUCCAGAUACAGGAGGCUGACACAAAUAUGUACUUGUAGGAACUGUGGCAAUAUGCACAAAGCCAGCACAUGUCUACGUGAGUUUCUGUCUCAGUGCUGAUACAUGUGGACACAGAUUUCAUCUAUAACCCAGAAGCUAACUACAAGUGAUACAUCUGCAAAAGAAAAUUUAGGAUGAUGCGAGCGGAGCCGGAGACAAGAGCAGAGGCUGAACUCGGGAUCUCACAAGAUGGCCGGGCUGCCCCGCAGGAUCACCAAGGAAACCCAGAGUUUGCUGGCAGAACCAGUUUCUGGCAUUAAAGCAGAACCAGAUGAGAGCAACGCUCGUUAUUUUCAUGUGGUCAUUGCUGGCCCCCAGGGUUCCCCCUUUGAGGGAGGGACUUUUAAACUUGAACUAUUCCUUCCAGAAGAAUAUCCAAUGGCAGCACCUAAAGUACGUUUCAUGACCAAAAUUUAUCAUCCUAAUGUAGACAAGUUGGGAAAAAUAUGUUUAGAUAUUUUGAAAGAUAAGUGGUCCCCAGCACUGCAGAUCCGAACAGUUCUGCUAUCCAUCCAGGCUUUGUUAAGUGCUCCUAAUCCAGAUGAUCCAUUAGCAAAUGAUGUAGCUGAGCAGUGGAAGACCAGUGAAGCCCAAGCCAUAGAGACAGCGAGAGCAUGGACUAGGCUAUAUGCCAUGAACAAUAUUUAAGUCGAUCAGAUCAUCAAGUGUACACCACUUCUCCUGUUCUGCCAAGACUUCUUCCUUUUUUUUUUUGUUUGCAUUUAAUGGACACAGUCUUAGAAACAUUACAGAAUAAAAGCCCAGGCAUCUUCAUCUCUGGUGAUUACAUGUACAUUAGCAAAUCUGUCUUGUCCUGAUUCACUGUUGUAAAGCAUGAGCAGAGGCUAGAAGUAUCAUCCGGGUUGCUGAGAGAUGUUGAGAAGCAGGACUCUCUUCUUUGACUUCUUCCCCAUCAUGGUUAAAGUACAAGGCACUGUGAAUGAAGGUAGUUGUCAGGGUUAGCUGCCAGGGGUAUGGGUGUUUUUAUUUUAUUUUUUGGGGGGAAAAUAGUUUAAUUUUAUGGCCUCCUUUCCCCUCCUUCCUCUUAAGGAUCUAAUUGCAGUGGUUAAAUGCAGCUAACCAGUUUUUUAGAAUACGCUCUCUAGCCAAGUCUAACUUUAGAUGCUGUAGAUGGACAAGCUUGAUUGUCUGAACCAAAAUGGGAACAUGAAAUAAACAUCACAGCCCUCACUAAUAA